CAGAGGCAGAAGGAAGGGGCUGGUGCAGGCACUGCUGCUGAGAGAUCAAGAGACAGGGGGUGCCCUUGACAACCAGCAUGCAGAGAUGUCAGAAGAGGCAGAAGUGGAUGUGAGAGACAGAGAGACACAGAGACACAGAGAGCGAAAGAGGGCAAGAGACUUGACUUUAAGAGACUCCUGCACUGACAACUCCAUGCAGUUCGGAACAAGAACGGCAACAACUGAAUCUGGUUUCAUGGGGACAUGGCAGAACGCUGACACUAACCUCUUAUUCAGAAUGUCCCAACAGGCCAUCCGCUGUACACUGGUAAAUUGCACAUGUGAAUGUUUCCAGCCAGGGAAGAUUAACCUGAGAACCUGUGAUCAUUGUAAACAUGGCUGGGUGGCACAUGCUUUGGACAAGCUUAGCACUCAGCAUCUAUACCACCCUACCCAAGUGGAAAUUGUGCAGUCCAACGUAGUGUUUGACAUCAGCAGCCUGAUGCUCUAUGGUACCCAGGCUGUGCCUGUGAGACUGAAGAUACUGCUGGACCGACUCUUCAGUGUAUUGAAGCAGGAAGAGGUGCUGCACAUCCUGCAUGGCUUAGGCUGGACGCUUCGGGACUAUGUGCGGGGCUACAUCCUUCAGGAUGCUGCAGGCAAGGUGCUGGACCGCUGGGCCAUCAUGUCCAGGGAAGAAGAGAUUAUUACCCUUCAGCAGUUUCUGAGAUUUGGAGAAACCAAAUCCAUCGUGGAGCUGAUGGCAAUUCAAGAAAAGGAAGGGCAGGCUGUGGCUGUGCCAUCUUCAAAGACAGAUUCAGAUAUAAGGACUUUUAUUGAAAGCAAUAAUCGCACUAGGAGCCCAAGUCUCCUUGCUCACCUGGAGAACAGCAACCCUUCCAGCAUUCAUCACUUUGAAAACAUCCCUAACAGCCUUGCAUUUCUGCUUCCAUUCCAGUACAUAAAUCCUGUCUCUGCUCCAUUGCUGGGGCUGCCUCCAAAUGGCCUCCUGCUGGAACAGCCGGCUCUGAGGCUGCGUGAACCAAGCCUUUCUACCCAAAAUGAAUAUAAUGAAAGCAGUGAAUCUGAAGUUUCCCCCACUCCUUUCAAGAAUGAGCAGACAUCCAGCAGAAAUGCUUUGACCAGCAUCACAAAUGUGGAACCCAAAACUGAGCCAGCCUGUGCGUCUCCUGUUCAAACAUCUACACCCAUCAAUGAUUUGUCCAAAACUGAGCACACGAAAAGCUCAUUCAGGAUUCACAGAAUCAGAAGAAUGGGAUCAGCGUCAAGAAAAGGGAGAGUGUUCUGCAAUGCAUGUGGUAAAACUUUCUAUGACAAAGGUACUCUCAAAAUCCACUACAAUGCAGUUCAUCUGAAAAUCAAACACCGGUGCACGAUUGAAGGCUGCAACAUGGUCUUCAGCUCUCUUAGAAGUCGCAAUCGUCACAGUGCUAACCCUAACCCCCGCCUUCAUAUGCCUAUGCUAAGGAACAACCGAGACAAAGAUCUAAUCCGUGCUACAUCAGGAGCUGCCACCCCUGUCAUAGCAAGUACAAAAUCCAGUCUUACCUUAACAAGCCCUGGUCGGCCUCCAAUGGGUUUUACUACUCCCCCUCUAGACCCUGUACUACAGAACCCUCUUUCUAGCCAGCUGGUUUUUCCAGCUUUAAAGACUGUCCAGCCUGUUCCUCCUUUUUACAGAAGUUUACUUACUCCUGGAGAGAUGGUGAGCCCUCCAACCUCAUUACCCACCAGUCCCAUCAUACCAACAGGUGGUUCAGUGGAGCAGCAUCCUCCUCUUCCUUCAGAGUCAUCGUUACCUGCGAUGGUGAUGCCUACCCAUGAGCCUAAUGCUGACCUUGCCCCUAAGAAGAAACCAAGGAAGUCAAGCAUGCCAGUUAAAAUAGAAAAGGAAGUUAUUGAUACUGCUGAUGAGUUUGAUGAUGAAGAUGAUGAGGCUAAUGACAACAGCACAAUGGCUAAUGAUAUUGGUCAUGACAAUCACUGCCAUUCGCAGGAGGAAAUGAGCCCAGGAUUGUCUGUGAAAGACUUUUCUAAAAAUGGUAGAAGCAGAUGCAUUUCUAGGACAGAGAUAAGAAGGGCAGACAGCAUGACCUCAGAAGACCAAGAGCACGAGAGAGACUAUGAAAAUGAGUCAGAAACCUCAGAGCCAAAAUUGUGCGAGGAAUCCAUGGAAGGUGAUGAACACAUCCAUGAAUCUAAUGAACAGUCUAUGAUGAACAGUGAGAUGGCAGAUGAAAAUCACAAUGAAUCUUCUCACCGGGAUGUUAUUAAGGUGAAGGAAGAGUUUACAGAUCCUACCUAUGAUAUGUUUUACAUGAGCCAAUAUGGACUGUAUAAUGGGGGCAGUGCCAGUAUGGCUGCCCUUCAUGAAAGUUUCAGUUCAACAUUCAACUACAACAGUCCUCAAAAGUUCUCCCCAGAAGGGGACCUGUGUUCCAGCCCAGAUCCCAAGAUCUGCUAUGUCUGCAAGAAGAGUUUCAAAAGCUCCUAUAGUGUGAAGCUUCACUACAGGAAUGUUCAUUUAAAAGAGAUGCAUGUCUGCACAGUGGCUGGCUGUAACGCUGCCUUCCCAUCACGGAGAAGCAGAGACAGGCACAGUGCUAACAUAAACCUGCACCGUAAACUGUUGACCAAAGAACUGGAUGACAUGGGACUGGACACCUCGCAGCCCUCUCUUAGUAAGGACCUCCGUGAUGAAUUUUUGGUGAAGAUCUAUGGCACCCAGCAUCAAAUGGGGCUUGACAUAAGGGAAGACACCUCCUCACCAGCUGGUACUGAGGAUUCCCACAUGAAUGGAUAUGGAAGGGGCAUGUCUGAAGACUACAUGGUCCUAGACUUGAGCACCACCUCCAGCAUCCAGUCUAGCAGCAGUAUCCAUUCCUCAAGAGAAUCUGAUGCAGGCAGCGAUGAGGGGAUUCUCCUGGAUGACGUUGAUGGGGCGAGUGACAGUGGGGAAUCUGCACACAAAAUGGACACCCCUGCCAUAGGUGUAGGUAUGGGUUCCGACCUUCAAGGAUCCCUCAUGUUCAACAAUGUUCCAGUGAGCAACGGUGGGAUAAUGUGUAACAUUUGCCACAAAAUGUACAGCAACAAGGGGACCCUCAGGGUGCACUAUAAAACGGUGCACUUGCGAGAAAUGCACAAGUGCAAAGUCCCUGGGUGCAACAUGAUGUUUUCCUCUGUCCGCAGCCGAAAUCGGCACAGUCAGAACCCUAACCUACAUAAAAACAUUCCCUUCACUUCAGUAGAUUAGUUUAAAGAUGGACACGC